AUGGGUGUUGUCUCGUUAUACCUCGUGGGCCAGCUCGUUUACCUUUUACGCCACCGACGACCACGACUUAGCCAAAUGGAUGCUGCCGCUUCCGUCGCCAACUCGGCGCCCAUCUCGAUCCUCGCCUACUGUGCGCUGUCGAUCCUCAUGACCGUGACCAACAAGUACGUGUUGCUGGGGUUCUCGUUCAACCUCAACUUCUUCUUGUUGGCGGUGCAGCUGUUGGUGUGUCUCGCCACCAUCUUUAUCCUCAAGCUGUUGGGGGUGAUCACCUACCGUCAAUUCAACAAGGACGAGGCCAAAAAGUGGUCUCCCAUCGCCAUCUUGUUGGUGGCGAUGAUCUACACGUCGCUGAAGGCAUUGAAGUACCUCUCGAUCCCCGUGUACACCAUUUUCAAGAACUUGACCAUCAUUUUGAUCGCUUACGGUGAAGUGAUCUGGUUCGGGGGCAAAGUGACCCUGAUGGCGUUGGGCUCUUUCCUCUUAAUGGUGUUCUCCUCGGUGAUCGCGUGGUGGGGGGACAUGGACGCCGCCAAGCUGGACACUGACACCUACGACCUUUACUUGGGCUACCUCUGGAUGUUCCUCAACUGCUUCUCGCUGGCGGCGUUUGUGUUGUACAUGAGAAAGAGAAUCAAGUUGACCAACUUCAAGGACUUCGACACCAUGUACUACAACAACUUGUUGUCGCUCCCCAUCUUGCUCAUUGCCACCUUUUUGUUUGAAGACUGGAGCGCCGCCAACGUCGCUCUCAACUUCCCCGCCGAUAACAGAAACGCCACCAUUGCUGCCAUGAUCUUAUCUGGUAUCUCAUCGGUGGGUAUUUCCUACUGCUCGGCGUGGUGUGUGCGGGUUACUUCGUCCACCACCUACUCGAUGGUGGGGGCGUUGAACAAGUUGCCCAUCGCGUUGCUGGGGCUCAUUUUCUUCGAGGCCGCCGUCAACUUCUGGUCGGUGUCGUCGAUCUUUAUCGGGUUCUUGGCCGGGUUGGUCUACGCCGUGGCUAAGCAAAAGCAAUCGCGCGACAACGCCCAACAACUCCCCACCAAGGCUUGA